GGGAGCUGCUGGGGGAGGGGAGGGAGGAGGAAAUUUUUUUGGGGGGGAAGGUGGGAUUUGGGGGGCGCUGGUGGGCACCCCUGGAUCUGGCGGCUGCGGCCUCGCGGGGGGAGGCUGGACGGUGUCAGUGGCAGGGGGCUAUUUUAGGGGCUAGAAGGCUGUAAGACUGUGAGGGGGAGGGGGUCCCCAGCGCCCAAGCCGGAGCAAGAGACGCUGAGCCCGCGCGAGCGGCGGAGACAGGGCUCCAGAGCCACAGAUCCGGGCCCCGGCCGCCGCCAGGGGCCCCGCCCGGUCCCCCCCACCCCACCCCACGUCCCUCCUGCAGCCCAGCUCCGCCCGCAGCCGCCGCGGACCAGGCCAGCACCGCCGCCAUGAUGUGCGAGGUGAUGCCCACCAUCAGCGAGGAUGGCCGGCGGGGCUCGGCGCUGGGCCCGGACGAGGCGGGCGGCGAGCUGGAGCGCCUCAUGGUCACGAUGCUCACGGAGCGGGAGCGCCUGCUGGAGACGCUGCGCGAGGCGCAGGACGGCCUGGCCACGGCGCAGCUGCGGCUGCGCGAGCUCGGCCACGAGAAGGACUCGCUGCAGCGACAGCUCAGCAUCGCCCUGCCCCAGGAGUUUGCGGCUCUGACUAAGGAGCUGAACUUAUGUCGGGAGCAGCUGCUGGAGAGAGAGGAAGAGAUUGCAGAGCUGAAGGCCGAGCGCAACAACACGCGGCUUCUCCUGGAACACUUGGAGUGCCUGGUGUCCAGGCACGAGAGGUCACUGCGCAUGACUGUGGUGAAGCGCCAGGCCCAGUCACCAGGAGGGGUCUCCUCCGAGGUGGAGGUGCUUAAGGCUCUAAAAUCCCUCUUCGAGCAUCACAAGGCCCUAGAUGAAAAGGUCCGAGAAAGAUUGCGGAUGGCUUUGGAGCGAGUGGCCGUGCUAGAGGAGGAGCUGGAACUGAGCAAUCAGGAGACUCUGAAUCUUCGAGACCAGUUGUCUAGACGGCGGUCAGGGCUGGAAGAGCCUGGCAAAGAUGGGGAUGGACAGACCCUUGCCAAUGGCCUGGGUCCUGGUGGGGAUUCCAGCCGGCGCACAGCAGAAUUGGAGGAGGCCCUAGAGCGACAGCGUGCCGAGGUGUGCCAGCUGCGGGAGCGCCUGGCGGUGUUGUGCCGUCAGAUGAGCCAGCUGGAGGAGGAGCUGGGCACCGCUCACCGCGAGCUGGGUAAGGCGGAGGAAGCCAAGUCCAAGCUGCAGCGGGACCUCAAGGAGGCGCUGGCUCAGAGAGAGGAUAUGGAGGAGCGGAUCACCACGCUGGAGAAGCGCUACCUGAGCGCCCAGCGCGAAGCUACGUCUCUGCACGAUGCCAAUGACAAGCUGGAGAAUGAAUUGGCCAGCAAGGAGUCAUUGUAUCGGCAGAGUGAAGAGAAGAGCCGUCAACUGGCUGAGUGGCUGGAUGAUGCCAAGCAGAAGCUGCAGCAGACACUGCAGAAGGCCGAGACCUUGCCCGAGAUCGAGGCGCAGCUGGCCCAGCGGGUGGCAGCGCUGAACAAAGCUGAGGAGCGGCACGGAAAUUUUGAAGAGCGGCUUCGGCAGCUGGAGGCCCAGUUGGAGGAGAAGAACCAGGAGCUGCAGCGGGCACGGCAGCGGGAGAAGAUGAACGAUGACCACAACAAGCGGCUGUCGGAAACGGUGGACAAGCUGCUGAGCGAGUCUAACGAGCGCCUACAGCUGCACCUCAAAGAGCGCAUGGGGGCUCUGGAGGAGAAGAACUCAUUGAGUGAGGAGAUCGCCAACAUGAAGAAGUUACAAGAUGAGCUGUUGCUUAACAAGGAGCAACUCUUGGCUGAAAUGGAGAGGAUGCAGAUGGAAAUUGACCAGCUUCGGGGAAGGCCGCCAUCCUCUUACUCUAGGUCUCUUCCUGGCAGUGCCCUGGAACUCCGUUACUCCCAGGCCCCCACGUUACCUUCUGGUGCCCCCCUUGACCCUUAUGGGGCCAGCAGUGGCCGGGCAAGCAAGAGAAGCCGCUGGUCAGGAGUAAAGGAUGAACCCUCCAAGGAUUGGGAGCGGUCUACCCCUGCAGGAUCCAUGCCGCCCCCAUUCCCCGGGGAGCUGGAUGGCUCCGAUGAGGAGGAGGCAGAGGGGAUGUUCGGGGCCGAGCUGCUGUCCCCCAGUGGGCAGGCUGACGUGCAGACCCUGGCCAUCAUGCUUCAGGAGCAGCUGGAGGCCAUCAACAAGGAGAUCAAGCUAAUCCAAGAGGAGAAGGAGACAACAGAACAGAGGGCUGAAGAGCUGGAAAGCCGAGUGUCCAGCUCUGGCCUUGAUUCCCUGAGUCGAUACCGAAGCAGUUGCUCUCUGCCCCCGUCCCUCACCACCUCCACCCUUGCCAGCCCGUCUCCUCCCAGCUCAGGCCAUUCAACACCUCGCCUGGCACCACCAAGCCCUGCCCGUGAGGGCACCGACAAGGCCAAUCAUAUCCCCAAAGAGGAAGCUGGGGCUCCACGAGGGGAGGGACCAGCUAUCCCAGGAGACACGCCACCCCCCACUCCCCGCUCAGCCCGUCUUGAAAGAAUGACCCAAGCCUUAGCACUGCAGGCGGGGUCCCUGGAAGAUGGGGGACCUUCCCGGGGAAGUGAGGGUACCCCAGAUUCCCUUCACAAAGCCCCCAAGAAAAAGAGCAUCAAGUCAUCCAUAGGCCGGCUGUUUGGCAAGAAAGAGAAAGGGCGAAUGGGACCCCCAGGCCGGGACAGCUCUUCUCUGGCUGGAACCCCCUCUGAUGAAACACUGGCCACUGACCCUCUGGGGCUAGCCAAGCUGACAGGCCCAGGAGACAAGGAUCGAAGGAACAAGAGGAAGCAUGAACUUCUGGAAGAAGCUUGUCGCCAGGGACUGCCAUUUGCUGCCUGGGACGGACCGACUGUGGUCUCCUGGCUGGAGCUCUGGGUAGGCAUGCCCGCAUGGUAUGUGGCUGCCUGCCGUGCCAAUGUCAAGAGCGGUGCUAUCAUGGCCAACUUGUCAGACACGGAGAUCCAGCGUGAGAUUGGCAUCAGCAACCCCCUGCACCGGCUCAAGCUGCGCCUCGCCAUCCAGGAGAUGGUCUCCCUCACUUCCCCCUCGGCGCCUGCCUCCUCCCGCACGCCCACAGGAAACGUAUGGAUGACCCACGAGGAGAUGGAAUCCCUUACAGCAGCCACGAAGCCCGAGACCAAGGAGAUCAGCUGGGAGCAGAUCCUCGCAUAUGGCGACAUGAACCACGAGUGGGUGGGGAACGACUGGCUGCCCAGCCUGGGGCUGCCCCAGUACCGCAGUUAUUUCAUGGAGUCACUUGUGGACGCCCGAAUGUUAGAUCACCUCAACAAGAAGGAGCUCCGGGGCCAACUCAAAAUGGUGGACAGCUUCCACAGGGUGAGUCUGCAUUACGGGAUCAUGUGCCUGAAACGACUCAACUACGACCGGAAGGACCUGGAGCGGAGGCGGGAAGAGAGCCAGACCCAGAUCCGAGAUGUGAUGGUGUGGUCCAACGAGCGGGUCAUGGGCUGGGUGUCAGGGCUGGGCCUGAAGGAAUUCGCCACGAACCUCACCGAGAGCGGGGUACACGGGGCGCUGCUUGCCCUGGACGAGACCUUCGACUACUCGGACCUGGCCUUGCUCCUGCAGAUCCCCACGCAGAACGCGCAGGCUCGACAGCUCCUGGAGAAGGAAUUCAGCAACCUCAUCUCCUUAGGCACUGACAGAAGGCUGGACGAGGACAGCGCCAAGUCCUUCAGCCGCUCCCCGUCCUGGCGGAAGAUGUUCCGAGAGAAGGACCUCCGGGGUGUGACCCCCGAUUCGGCUGAGAUGUUGCCCCCCAACUUUCGUUCGGCGGCAGCAGGAGCCCUGGGAUCGCCGGGGCUUCCUCUCCGAAAGCUGCAGCCCGAAGGCCAGACUUCUGGAAGUUCCCGGGCAGAUGGAGUUUCGGUCCGGACUUAUUCCUGCUAGUGUAGGCUUCCAGGUGACCGCACUUGGAUGGAAGACUGGGCCAUCCCCCCUCCUACCCAGAGAAUGGUCUCGCCCAGGGAGAAGCGUCCUGGAGCCGGCGCCGCGGACCGGACCACCUGUACAGACAAGCGGGGGAGUGCGUGUCCCCCGCCGCACAAAUGGACUGGGCCUGGACCAAACCAUAUGAACUGGACUGAGGGAGGGAAAGAAGAGGGCAGGCAGCGAUUCCGCCCCCAAACUUCCGCCUCUCUUUUCUCUACUUUGUAAUUUAUUGAUCAGCUUCCGAUGGGAGACCGGUGCCCUUCACCUGCGGAAAGGGGCGGGGCUUCCCUCCCGGGCCGCAUGCGGGGAGAGGCUGCCCCCUUCCCCUCUUUCCUGACCAGUCGCGGGGCCCAAGUUUUCCUUCUUCUUCGUCCGAAAGGAGGGGAGGGGGGGACUCGCUGCUACAAGCCUCGCCCCCUGUGCCACUCAGCCCCGCCCUGUGAGGUCCCCAGUCCCCGGGGGGGGGGUCAUCUGCGGGCUGGCGGGGUCCCUUUCCCCUCCCCCGUGUCUCGUGUCCCCGGGGCCUCCCCGCCCCCCCGUGCUGUGGCCAUGUCCGUGCCCCAGGGGUAGGGGGUGCAAAGUGCGCCCCCCGGUUUCCCUCCGGCUCCGGGGUUUGCAUGGGAGAAUCCUCUUUCCAAGAUGCCACUGGGCGACAUGGCAUGGGGUGGAGGGCGGUCGGCGUGGAGCCCUCGCCCCCCCACCCCCGACUCUUAGUCGGCCCCCCAGGCCCCAGGCGUCAA